UAAAAAUUGUAAAUACUUGUACAAAAUAAUUAUAUUUUUAUAGGUAAGCGUCCCUCCCUUUUUGUUUGAAGCGUUUUUAUAUGCUCCUAUUGAUGACACAAACAGCACAGCAAAGAUUGGAAAUGGAAUAAUUUUCUUCACUUUGUAUAAAAAAGAAGUGGCCAUGUGGGAUUCCCUAACUCUAGCAAAUGCUAACAAGGAGAAGCUGCAGUGUCUAAGACAGAAUGCUGUUCUAAAAGCCCAUGAAAAGGUGAAAGAGGAGACAGAAGCAAAAAGAGUUACAAAACAGGAGCACAAAAAAUACGCUUUGGAGGCUACAAUGAAGCUAGAAGAAGCAGAAAGAAAAAGAAUUGAAGAUCUGAAAGAAAAGGAGCGGCAGAAGGUCACUAAGGAGUUGAAGUUAUGGAAAAAACAGCAAAAAGAUGCUGAGAAACAAAACAGGGUACAAAAAGAAGGGGAACUACAUCAAGAAGUAGAACAAUUAAAGGAGAAGAAAAAGGACAAAAUGAAUAAAACUAGAAUUCCUAAUGAAGGAACCUCUAAGACCAGACUCAAACCUACUACAGGUCAUGGUUCCUAUAGUAUGUUUUCAGAAAAUUUAAAGGAAGAACAGUUACCAGCUCCUCGAUCCGCUGCUACAAUUAGAAUCAACUUUACAUCACGAGUUUUUCCUACACCUCUGCGAGAAUCUCGUGUUGCGGAAGAGGAGGAGUGGCUACGUAAACAAGCAGAAGCUCGAAGAACAGCAAAUGCUGAUUUGUCUGAGCUGGAAGAUUUAAGAGAAGAGGAGAAGAAUCCAGACUGGUUGAAGGACAAAGGAAACAAAAUGUUUGCCAUGGGAAACUACCUUGCAGCUGUAAAUGCAUAUAACCUCGCCAUGCGGCUGAACAAUAAGCUUCCCCUGCUGUACCUGAAUCGUGCUGCUUGCCACCUUAAACUGAGAAAUUUUCAUAAAGCUAUUGAAGACUCCUCUAAGGCACUAGAGCUGCUGACACCACCUGUUCCUGACAAUGAGAAUGCUCGAGUAAAAGCGUAUGUGAGACGUGGGACUGCGUUUUGUCAGCUGGAGUUAUAUACUGAAGGUGAGACCUCGAUUUUGUGA